AUGACAUACGUUGAGAGCAUGAUGGGUAAUGUGCGGGACAUAUUUCGAAGGGCGGACGAAGAUACUGGGAACGGAGGAGGAUUGCAAGAUGACGGGGGGUUUAAUGCAACGUCGAGCCUGAGUUCGAGCAGGGGGCCGACGUCAAGUUCGGGGGACGAUGGGCCCACGGGAGGAUCGAGUUUGACGAGCGACAAUUCGGAGACGAUAGGGCCUACGAGUGAUGGGAGUGAGACGGUGAGUGAGACGAGCGGUCCAACUAGUGGCCCGGCAAGUGCCACUAGUUCGGAUAUUACGAGUGAGAGUUCUAGUGAGAACUCGAGUAGUAGCUCGUCGAGUUCUGACACUUCUAGUUCUGACACUUCGAGUUCUGAAACUUCGCGUUCUAGUUCUUCUAGAUCUUCGAGUUCCAGCUCGGUCAGUUCGAGUUCUGUUAGAUCCAGCUCCUCGCGUUCCAGUUCUAGAUCUUUAAGCUCGUCGAAUAAUCCCAGUUCGUCGAGUUUUAUCUCAUCGAGCUCCAGUUCCUCAGCUUCGCCGAGCUCGAGUUUUUUGACAUCGAGUUCGAUCCCCUUCUCGUCGAGUGAAUCCAGCUCGUCGCACUCUUCAUCACAAGAGCGUUCCAGCCUGUCUGUGACCUUGUCAUCGUCGUCUUCUUCGCCUUCAAGCACUCCAAGCCAGGCGUCGCUGACCUCACACUCGGAAUCAUCCACGCGGGCCAGCUCUUCAAGAAGCUCUUCAAGAAGCUCUUCAAGAAGCUCCUCAUCGCACACACAAUCAUCAUCUUCUCCUUCAUCAUCCUCUGACAGAACAUCCUCUGAUAGAACAUCCUCUGAUAGAACAUCAUCAUCUCAUGUAACACCUACAUCAUCACUGUCAUUCUCCUCAUACUACACGACUAUCGAAGAUUCCGGCACUACAAUAACUUCAUUGGUCACAGUGCCCACGUCGGCGGCAAAUGAUCAAACUGACACCCCCAGCUCCACAUCGGAAAAGAACGCCAAAUUGAUUGGUGGUUUGGUCGGAUCUAUUGGGGGUACCAUUGUCAUUGGGCUCCUUGUUGCAUUAUUCUUAUUUUUGAAGAAAAGAAAGAAGGUCACAAACCAAUCGCCAGACUUCAACGAUAAUACUUCUGGUGAUUCGGACUCGUAUAAAGACAAAUCGGGGUUCAAAAAGUUAUUCUCAUCUAAGAAUACUAACACCUACGGUGGUGUUGCUGGCGUGACAGAUAUCGAAAGACAGAAUAACACUCCUGUGAUCCAGGCCGAUGAUGAGAGCAAUGAAGAAAGCGAUGACUUCGUAUAUCGUGGUGUCACGAAUAAUAAUAACCUCGACAGUAUAUUCAGGUCAACUGCAUCCAACUCAUCGGGCCAGAAUACGGCCGCCGGCGGUAGUGCAAACCAAAGUGCCAACCACACUCGUAUGAAUUCAAUCGGUCACGCAUUGGAUAUACCUUAUGAGACUCGAGAGUCCGAAGAGCAUGAUCCUUUUGCAAGCCAUACUCGAAUAAACUCCGACGGAACGGACAACUUCAGUCCAUCUGACUAUGACAUAGAUCAGAAUGACUUGGUUCCUGCUGAUCGGAGUAAUAUCUUUGGCGAGGAAAGUCAUAGUAAUAAUUCUCGUUCGAGAUUCCACGAGGAAAUUAUUUGA